UCCCCAAGUGGUCGGUUUAGGUUUGAUGAGCUAUGUUCAGUUUGUUUUGUUUUUGCCGUUUUAUUUUAAACCGCAAAAGUUUGUAAAUUAUAAUAAUAUUAUAAACGGAUUCGAAUGCGAUGGACGAAUUAUUAUUGACACACGACACGGUACGCGUAUUGUCGGUACAAAAUCCUUUUAAUUGAUAAAUUACCGGAAUAAAAAUAUUUUCCCAACGCUGUACAGCUGUACUACUAUUGUCUUCAAGCAUGUUUUUCAAAAUCAAACAGUUGUUCGUGACGGUCGUUCUGUUCAACUUUUCCACAGCGAGUUGGUGGUACUUAGGGCUACAAAAUUAUCCACCCAAAGAGUUCAACCCGUUGCUCAGUCACAAGGAAAAUUGUUAUCGGUACACGUUUCUCAAGAGCAGACAACAACAACUGUGCGAUCUCGGUGAAAAAAUAAUGAGUGUCGUCAGCGGUGGUACGAAAAUGGCCAUCGAAGAGUGCCAACACCAGUUCGGCGCACAACGAUGGAACUGUACGACUUACUCGAACAAUACUUCAGUAUUCGGAAAUGUAUUAUCAUACAAAAGUAGAGAGAAAUCGUACGUGAAUGCCAUCACUUCAGCCGGAGUGGCGUACGCCAUUACCAAAGCAUGUUCCAGAGGUGAACUCAACGAGUGUAGUUGUGACAACAGGAUUAAAAAGAAACAAGCUAAAAAAAAUUGGCAAUGGGGAGGGUGUUCAGAGGACAUACAUUUCGGCGAAAAAUUUAGCCGUGACUUUGUGGAUUCUAUCGAGGACGUGGACACCGUUCAAGGUCUAAUGAACAUACACAACAAUGAGGCAGGAAGAAGGAUCAUUCGGUCCAGCAUGCAAAAAGUAUGCAAAUGCCACGGUAUGUCUGGGUCGUGUAGUGUGAGGAUAUGCUGGAUGAGACUGUCGUCGUUUCGCGACAUAGGAGACACGUUGAUGGUGCGGUACGAAGGAGCUUCGCACGUGCGCCUCGGCGAAAAGAAGAGAAAAAAAAUUAAAAAAUUGCGACCCAUCAGAAUGGACCGAAAGACACCGAACAAGACCGAACUCGUUUACUUGGACCCGUCUCCGGAUUACUGCGAACGUAACGAGUCGAUGAGCAUAAUGGGAACUAACGAUCGGGUGUGCCAAGGUUUGGACGGUUGCAGACACUUGUGUUGCCACAGAGGGUUCCAAAUUCGUUUGAGAGACGUCGAAGAAAAGUGUAAAUGUAAAUUCAUCUGGUGUUGUAACGUUGUGUGCGAGGUUUGUAAGUACAAGAAAGAAGAGUACAUUUGCAAUUGAUUACAAGAUGUAUUUGCAGUACCAAAAAAAAAAAAAAUAUCUUUAAAAAUCCCAUGGACAAGGUUUAGAGGUUAGAUUAACCCGGAUGAAACGUGUUUGUCGAUUAUGAAAUUUCAAUACUUUUUAGACCGUAGUCUUCUGUCGCUUUCAAUAUUAAAAAGUGACACUUGUUUUUCCUAGUAUUAUAAAGAUUUUGUACAAUAAGUUUUUACUAGAUAUAUUUAUUUAUUUAUUUAAAAAAAAAAUAUCAGUUGUGCAAUUUUU